AUGAUCUCAAAUUUUGAAACCAAAGGCACAGUGCUUAUCAAGAGUGCAGAUGAACUCCUGAACUUCAGCCGUGGAGAGGAAUCUCUUCUAGAGAAGCAGAUAAAGGAUAUUGCAGAUGCGGGAAUCAAGGUUGUCGUAGCUGGUGCAAAGUUUGGUGAUAUGGCUCUACAUUUCCUUAACAAAUAUGGUCUGAUGGGUGUAAGACUCAAUUCAAAGUUUGACUUGCGCCGCUUAGCUAAGACGGUUAAUGCUACAGUUCUUCCAAGGUUGACUACUCCAACAGCAGAGGAACAAGGUUACUGUGAUGCUGUUCGAGUAGACGAAGUAGGAGAUACCAGAGUUGUGGCAUUUGUAAUGGAGGCUUCAGAAUCAAGAAUUUCAACUAUUGUAAUUCGAGGUUCUACUGACAAUUACAUGGAUGACAUUGAGAGGGCAAUUGAUGAUGGUGUUAACACCUUCAAAGCUAUUGCUAGGGAUGGAAGAUUUUUACCUGGAGCUGGAGCAACGGAGAUAGAAUUGGCUCAGAAACUCCUGCAAUAUGCAGACACAUUGCCUGGGCUUGAACAAUAUGCUGUAAGGAAGGUGGCGGUGGCACUAGAAAGUAUUCCCAGGGCAUUAGCUGAUAAUUCUGGAGCUAAUGCAACUAGUGUUGUUAACAACUUGUACAAAGCACAUAAGGAUGGAAAACAAACCUAUGGAUAUGACAUUGAGUCGGACAGUGGUGAUGUUUGUGAUGCAAAAGCAAAAGGAGUGUUAGAUGCAUUCCUUCUUAAGAAUUGGGGCAUUAAGUAUGCGGUUGGCGUCGCUACCACCAUUUUGAAAGUCAAUCAAAUUAUAAUGGCAAAGAGAGCUGGGGGACCCAAACCUAAACAACCAGCCGGCAGUGAUGAUGAAUCUUAAAUUUAGUCUCUAAAAGUAUUUCUUCACAAACUGCCACACAUAAAAUGUCACUAAUGGCCGAAUAAUGAAACAAAUCUUUUACAAUUCGCUUCCUAAGCAUUGCUUUACUACCACUGCACCAUUAAAGAUGCUGUUACAUCAUAUUUAAAUAUUGUUUCAGUAUUUGGCUAGAAGUCCUUUGGUGUAGAUUUUGGAAGUCAAACACACUAAGGACUGUUUAAGUAAUUUUUAGAUGGCUCUAAAUGUGGAGUAAGAGCUUUACAUAUUUCCUUUUCUUUAAACACAUUGUUUAACAUAGUUUUAACCUUAUUAUAUGUUAAUUUAAACAGCUUUGCUUUAAUUGAAUUUAAUAUUAUGUUCUAGCUAUCUUUGGUUCAUGUCAUGAGACCUCUAAUAAAUAAUUACAAAAUG